AACCCCCCACCCAAAUCUCCUUACUCACAAACUUCUGAUAGACACAAAUUCAUUCAUACUCAUCUUUCAGCAUCACAGGCCACUGAUCAAUGGCUCGUACGAAGCAGACGGCUAGAAAAUCCACCGGAGGCAAAGCCCCAAGGAAGCAGCUGGCAACGAAGGCGGCCAGGAAAUCCGCCCCCGCCACCGGAGGCGUCAAGAAGCCCCACCGUUUUCGCCCAGGAACGGUGGCGUUGAGGGAAAUCAGGAAGUAUCAGAAGAGCACCGAGUUGUUGAUUAGAAAGCUGCCGUUCCAGAGACUUGUUAGAGAGAUCGCCCAGGAUUUCAAAACAGAUCUUCGCUUCCAGAGCUCCGCGGUGGCCGCGCUUCAAGAGGCGGCGGAGGCUUAUCUGGUGGGUCUCUUUGAGGACACGAAUCUGUGCGCCAUUCAUGCUAAGAGGGUAACCAUUAUGCCUAAAGAUAUCCAGUUGGCCAGGAGAAUUAGGGGUGAGAGGGCUUAGAUUUAAUCUAGGGUUUGCAGUUUAAUCUCCUUGUUCAUCUUUCUAGUUGUUUCAUUUAGCGUAGAAAUCAAUGAGAAAGCAAUCUUGGUAUUAGGGAUUUUGUAUGGGAUGAUUGAAUAUUGGGAUGUAAAAUUAUCUUAUUAAUAUGAGAAUUAAUGUGUUAUUUCAA